UAUUAUUUAGUUUGUCAAUUGGUCGACGAACAUCGUGGGGUGUGUUUCAGCUUGUCGCCUGCUCAGCCGAGAGACGCGUCGCAUAACGGCACAGCCACGCAUUAAUUAAAUUUCAAAUAUACAAAUAAAUUAUAGUAAUAUAUAAGCUGAGUUUAGCUAAAAAAAAAAAAAAAAGACAAUUAAAAGUUAAAUAAAUUAAAGCAGCUGCAAAAUGAGCCAAAUGUUUUUGGCACUCGCUUGUGCACUGCUGACUUUAUUGUGCUGUCACAGUCUGCUGGCAGCCACUGUGCGUCCCUACAAGUUCGGCUUCACCAUAGAGGAGCAGCAGCAUCGGUCCGAGAGUCGAGACGAGAAUGGCAUUGUAAUGGGCGAAUUCGGCUUUAUCACCGCCGAUGGCAUCUACCAUGUAACUGUCUAUGCGACUGACGAGAAUGGCAAAUUUCGUAUCAUCUCCAUGAAGAACUUUCCGUAUGCGGGUCCCAAGGCGCCCAAGAGCCCGCCGCCCACGACGAGCACGCAACGCAUCCCGACGCCUGUGACCAAGCACAAUUUCCAUACGGUCGCCUGUUCGGGCUGCUUCUUGGGCAACUCCUCGCCAGACCCGAAGAGCAACCCUGCGAGUGCUGAAGGCAAUCGCAGUACGAAAAACGAGAUACGUCCGCUCUCGCAGCCGCUGUCCCCGGCGGCAGCCGCUGUGCCAGGUGAGCAGAUCAUAGGUCACACGCACACACAGACAGGCACACAACAGACACACACACAGAGUGGAGUCGUUGGCCAGGCGAUUUUGGAGAAUGCGGAUGCUUUGCAGCAGGCAUCCGUACAUCUGGCCAUUCUAGCUGAGCACCCGGAUUCGAUUAGCUCUCAGCUGACACCAGGAGCAGCACCCACGACUGCCACGCCCACAGAUGCAACGACCACACUAGCUCCGGUGGUGGUCAAUGCGCAAACUGUGGCCUUGUCGCAUGCCAUUGCAAAGGUGCAGGGCAUGCUGGUAACGAGCAGACCCAGCACCUCCGCCUCAGCGCCGCUGCCACAGCAUCUGCUACCAGAGAUAAUUCUCAGCUCGGCGGCUGAGCAAGUUCAGAAGCUGGCAAGGAUUCCGCUUGCUGCGUCGGGGCCAAAGGACUUGGCUAAUUUUGCCUUUGGACCACAGCCAGGAAAUAGACAGCAGCAGCAGCUUCAUGGAGCUCAACGCCUCAAUGAGAACGUGGUGAAGUCCGUGAAACAGGUGGUGCUGCCAAUAGCCCAUAAGACAGUGGAGAGCCUGACCAGAAUUCCGCCUGCCUCAACUGAAGCCAAGGAUUUGAAUAGCUUUGCCUUUGGUCAGCCAGGGAAUAAGCCGCAACAGCAGCUGCUGUCCAACAAGGCUCAACGAAUCAAUGAGAACGUGGUGAAGUCCAGGAAACAGUUGGUGCUACCAAUAGCCCAUACGACAGUGGAGAGCCUUACCAGGAUUCCGUCUGCAUCAACUGAAGCUAAGGAUUUGAAUAGCUUUGUCUUUGGUCAACCACCAGCGAACAGGCAGCAAUUGCCGUUAACCAAGGUCGAGGCGCAGCUUCCCAAAGGAAAUACGUUGCAACCAUUAGCAAAAGUGGAGCUGCUGCCCAGGAUUACGCCAACCGCAACGGGAUUCAAAGAUAUUAAGAACUUUGCAUUUGGAAUUUUGCCCUCUAGCAAGCAGCAGCUGCCCUCAGCUAAUGCUAAGCAAGGCUUAGUCAAGGCUCCAGGCAUCAGUGGCAUUAGGCUAAUCAGCUUGGCACUGCCUGCUAUCGGGAAUAAACAGUUGAAGGAUAAUACAUUGACAUCCACACCGUUACGUCCUAAUCCCAUUUCAGUUGCAGCAGCGCCCAGACCAGUCCAAUUCGCAAUAUUUGCGCCAACUUCUGAUUCAUUGUUAAGCACACAAAAAAUAACAACACCAGCACAAAAAACACACACCGUUGCACACACACAACCACUGAGUGUUAAGCCAGUUCAACAACCAAUCAGUACAGUUGGCAAUGCGGCACCUCGACCAGCCGUGACAGCAACCCAGCAGCAACAACAACCAACGAGCAAAACGCCACUAGCCGGGGCACAGCCAAACCAGCGACCGCAACCAGUUAGCAGCAGCUUCGACAAUUUAAAUCUUAACUUAGGUGCAACUCUGCCGCAACCAGCUACAGGCAACUCAGCCAACUUCAAGCCAGCCUUAGGUGGAACUCAGGUUCAGCAGAGACCGCAACCGUCAGGCGGCAGUUUAGCAAGUUUCAUACCAACAGCUGCAGUUCAGCCAGCCGUGGCAGGAACCAAGCAAGUACAACCACCCAGCAGCGGCUCAGCAACUUAUACGCCAACAAACACCGCACCGCAGUCAACAACCAACAAAGCAUCGAAGUCAACAACCAGCACAGGAGCGGCUGGAAGUGCAGAUCUAUCCGGAGACUUGUACAAAUUCAAAUACCUGCUAGACUACAAUGGACACGAGGAGACUGGCAGCCGGAAUGGCGAUAAGGUGGGCAACUACUUUGCCAUCGGCGACGAUGCUGUGGAGCGUAUAGUCGAGUAUAUUGCGAACGAGUUCGGUUUCCAGCCGCACAUCAGCUGGCGCAAACUGGAGGGAAAAGAGGCAUCACUGCCUGCCGAGAACUCCCUGAAGCACUACGAGUUCAAGUGGUUCAACAAGGACACCGAGUAAAAUAUUAACUAUGCCAAUUAGUGACAAAUUACAUGUAAAUAAAGUAAAAUGAAGAAAGGAUUGGAAAAACA